AUGGAAAAUGGUCGGAGGUAUCACAGGUACCAUGAAGGAGCCUACCCUUAUCCGAACGAUGAGCAAGAACUUGACCGUCUCGACAUGCAACACCAUAUGUUUAAAUUGGUCAUGAAAGGUCAAUUAUACCAUGUGCCAUUGAAAGAGCCGAAGGAAAUUCUCGACAUCGGCACCGGAUCGGGAAUAUGGCCGAUAGAGAUGGCUUCUUUAUUCCCCCGCGCCGCGAUCACAGGGACCGACUUAUCCCCGGUACAACCUACGGAAGUCCCGGAAAAUGUUCAUUUUUUGGUCGACGAUGCCACAGAGGAGGAAUGGCUAUGGGAUACAGAUCAUUUCGACCUUGUUCAUAUUGGGCACAUGAUUGGGGCGAUGCCAUCAUUUAAACGAUUAUUACAAAAAGCGUUCAAAUACUUGAAGCCCAGUGCUUAUUUGGAAUGCCACGAAAUGGACCCGAAACCCAAAUGCGACGACGGGACGAUGCCGCCUGAAAACCCCGACGGCUAUAGUGCUUUUGCUCUACACGACUGGUUCGACCUAAAUAUACGAUCCAGCAGAGAAGUUGAGCCUGCAAGACAAUUUCGGAUCGCUCCUCGGAUUGAGCGAUGGAUGAAGGAGGUGGGGUUUGUGGAUGUUGAGCAACGAGUUUUCAAGAUCCCGACAAAUACCUGGCCGACCGAUGAACAUUUAAAAGAAGUCGGCAAAUGGAGCGAAAGCAAUUGGCUUGAAGCAUUGUCAGGCUGGUCAUACAAACCUUUUCUUGCACUGGGAUGGUCGAAACCAGAGAUCGAGGUUUUCCUCGUGAACGUGAGGAAGAGUAUACAAGACCGAAACGUGCAUGCAUACAUGGACUUUUACGUUGUGACAGGGAGAAAACCUUUCCCUGGAGAAGACAGUUCCUGA